AUGAUAAGUACAUCUCGUGGUAUUCUCUGUCAUCAACACUCUCAACCAAUUCAGUUAUUAAGUCAACUAAAAUCAAAACCAUUAGCUUCAUACAACCCUUUACCAAACUCAAACUGUAUUUUUACUGAAAGCGAUAAAGGGUUUUAUGCAUUUCAUUCUUCCUCUUUGUUUAAGUAUUCUUUUGAUUAUUUUGAACCAAAAUAUUCUAAAAGAGUCAAAAUUGGGACAGUUUGUUCAAUAGUUCAAUAUGGGUGGAGUGACUUCAUUGUGUGUUCUACUUAUCAAGGAGAUAUUGUUCUUCUUGGAGGUGAGGAAAUGCAAAUAAUCCAAAAAAUUCAUUUAAAAAAGGAAAUUAAUUCUUUACAUAUUUUUAAUGAUAACUUUUUGAUUAUUGGUACUCGUAAAGAUGAUAAAAUAUAUGUAUUUGAUAUUAGAAAUACAAAUACAGUUAUUGCAACAUUAGCUCGAUCUGCAAUAACAAAUCAACGAAUAGGGAUUAAUAUUUAUCAUUCUACUCUUUUUACUGGAAAUGAUAAUGGGUGUGUUUAUCUUUAUGAUCUGAAUACUUUUACCUUUAAAUCAUCAUAUUUCCUUGCGUACUCUCCAAUUAAUGAUGUUUUUUAUUAUAAUAAUUGUUUAAUUACAACUUCUGGUUGUAGGUAUUCUCCAAUUCCUCAAUUAUCAGAAGAUCUUUCAGAUGAUGGGCUAUCAAUAAAAGAAAUACCAAAACCUUAUAAUAUGAUAACAACAUGGAAAUUACCAUCAUUUGAAUAA